AGAAGAAAAGUAAAGUGGGCUUUCACCUGUGAGGUAACGUUUAGAGCAAGAAAGACAGCACCUCUCGCCGCUUUCAUAACCUCUGUUUUAGAUUUUCUCUUUUCUCUUCGUCUGUUCAAAUUUUUGUGUUUGGAUACGUGGGUUUUGGGUGGGUCGUUCGGCGUUUGGAUUUCAGAGCCUGAAACUCUCGCGUUUGUAGGUUGCGGAACAUAGAUCAAGGAGAAACAUGGAAGAUGUCCUAACAGAGAUUCCCCCACCUUCAAGGUUUUUUAAAGAAGAUCUCAACAACUUUACUCCUCCAUCACCUCCUCUUCCAUCUCCAUUCCUCUUAUUUUCUAGUCUGGACAAGCCCCUUCGUUCCUCCCUUCUCAUCAUUGCCAUAUCUUCUCCUUCUCUCUCUGUGUUCCACCAUGUUGCCACAAAAACCCUAAUUGGGACUCUCAUUCUCCCUGAGAUUCCCUUAUCUGGAAACUCUAUUGAACCAUCUGUCAGAGACAAAUCCUGCAAUAUAUAUGCCCUUAAUGAUGUUUAUAAUUCAGUUCUCCUUGUCUCUGUUCAGUACUCUGUCAGUGCAGAGCGAUCUCAUGCUAUUGCAAAGUUGCUGAUUGGUGAGCAGAUUAUUCCUGAGAGGGUUUUGAUCAUGGAUUCAGUUCAAAGCCGGAACUUCCGUGGUAAGCUCUCGCCAGAUGAGACAUUUGCCUUCAAGCUGGAGACAUCAUCAGAAAGAAAAGAGCACAGUGAUGGUUCCAGCAGUUCACCACUGUUGAAGGGUUUGGACUAUUUCCCAUCAGGAAGCAUGGUAGAUGGCUUGGCUGCUGCUCUGCUCAGUCAAUGCCAGAUGAGGAACAUCAAAGGAACUCUAUGCGUUUCAUGGCCAGAGUUUGGUGGUUCUGGGGUGUCACUGGUUAAAUCUAUAAUAAAGGAGGUCUUGCCUAGCUUGGAAUUUAGUGUAAACAGUGAUGGGGAGGAUGAAUACUCUAAGUUGGACCAGAUCAAGGAUCAUCCUUUUGACUCUGAAUUGUAUACCUGAUGAACUGCUUUCAAGGUUCUAACUUUAUCACUUCAAAGAUUUUCUUCGUUCUCCUUAUUUUUUAGUUUUGCUUUUGUUCUUUAUUUUAUAACUUUUCUAAUGAGGUUGUGACCAAGGAUGUUUCUGGGUAUGUCUAUUGGUUGUGUCAAGGAUGUAGAAAUUUUUAAUUUAAGAGAGAUUGAAAAUUGCAUGUUUCUGGUAGUUCUAUUCUGUUUCUUCCCUGUUCUCUGGCAAGUGGUGUUAAGAAGUUACAGCCAGUGACAAUUCUAUUAUGCCACCCACUUUUACUUGGCUGAAGCAGCCUUCGCAUUGUGGACAAGGCCCCCAAAUAUUGCAUUUGCCAUGUAGUUGGAGCUCCCUUGAUUAUAUAUAUGGCACUAUGAAUUGUAACAUUUCCUAUCGAGGUCUCCUCUCCUCCGUUUCUGUUAAUGCUCUAUCAGAAUUCAACAAAAAUGCACAUUGGGACCUACUGAUUGUAAGGGUCAUGAAUGAAUUUGGCCUUUUUUUAUUGCUUGAAACAAAAGAUGGCUGUUCUUAGAUCUAUACAAAACACAACUGUAUGAUUUUCCCUCUCUGGAACACCUGGAGAAAAUCAAUUUCAUCCUCUUUAUGGUAUUGAGAGCCAGACCAAGGAUACAGUCAUACAGACCAGAAGGCAUGCAGCCUUCUCAAGGGUAGGGAUAAGAGUCCAGCAACUAGAAGGGUGAUCCUGAGGCGACUGAGAACCUCUCAUUAGACAACUUGAGGAGCAUCUACUGCCAAAGACACAAGUAAGCUAGGACCAAGUUGUCUAAUUUGAUUGAUCUACACUCAACAUGUGAUGGAAGAUUAUGACCCAUUAGUACUUGUGCUCUCAUUCUAGAGUUCCUUCAGUAAAAGACAUGACUGCUUGUAUUGUUGUUGGAAAAAAAAUAAAUGAGAAGGAUGGCGUGUGGAUUGACACAUGCUGUGGGCAUCAAAGCGUGAGGAGUUAAUCUAUUUGAAUUUGUCUAUCAGAAGAUUUAUUAAAUUAUGAAGAAAUGCUCCGGCCAUCCAAGUUUAGAUUCAUCAGUCUCAACCUAAUAUAGUGGGUUUUCGCUAUUUUAUAAGCAAAUGAUGUUGUAAUGGAUAAUCAAAUUUGACGAAUCCACAGACAACGUUUCCCCAUCAAAUAAUUACAGUUGCAAUAUACAAAACAUCGAUUCUAAUUGAUAUGUUUGGACUUUUUGUCCAAGAUUUUUGCCGUGAAUCCUCAAGAGUUGAUUCUAUAAAAUAUUGUGGAGUGGGAGUAGAAUGGGCAAACAUUAGCUGUUAUGAGGAAAAGUGAGCUUUUGGUUUAAUUUGGUGACUUGCCCAGAUCCUUUAAAAUUCAUUGGUUAAUUUUCUAACGUCUCUCGCAUAUUUGGGUGCUUUUAGUUUGGAGUUCCCACCAACCUGACCAAAUAUUAGUUGCAUCCUCUCUUGACUAGCCAAUUCAUUUUGGCAGAAGCUUACUCAAAUGGCUGUUAGAAGAAAACCAAGUGCAUCACUCCUCAUGUUAUUUAUAUACUCAUCUUUUACAAUUCCACCCAUGUUUCCCAGUCUGUUCUAGCAUCCUGAAAAAAGACAAGACAGUGAAAAGAUGGCACCUUCUCUUCAUUCAAGGCCUUUCCUUCUGCUAUUCGUGCUUUUAAGUCUGUCCAUUCUUUGCAUGAGGAGCUUGGAUGCAAGUGAGCCUUAUUUGACAUUAGAUUACUAUGCAUCCUCAUGUCCAUCUGUGCUCGAGAUCGUGAGGAAAGAAAUGGAAUGUGCAGUGCUCUCUGAUCCUCGUAAUGCAGCCUUCAUAUUGCGGUUGCAUUUCCAUGACUGCUUCGUUCAGGGAUGUGAUGGAUCGGUUUUGCUGGACGACACAAUUACACUGCAAGGAGAGAAGAAGGCUUCAAUUAACAUCAAUUCCCUCGAUGGUUUCAGACUGAUUGAUAGGAUAAAAAACAAGCUUGAAUCAGAGUGCCCAGGGAUUGUAUCCUGUGCAGAUAUUCUAACUGUUGCAGCAAGAGAUGCUGUUAUUCUGGUUGGUGGACCCUACUGGGAUGUUCCUCUGGGAAGAAAAGAUUCGACAACUGCAAACUAUGAUCUUGCUACAGCCAAUCUUCCUGCUGCAAAUGAAGACCUUUUAAGCAUCAUUUCUAAAUUUCUUUAUCAAGGCCUCUCAGUCACAGAUGUGGUAGCUCUCUCAGGGGCUCACACUAUUGGCAUGGCACGGUGUGAGAAUUUCCGAGCAAGGAUCUAUGGAGACUUCAAAGGAACUUCAGGGAAUAAUCCAGUUUCCAACACUUACCUCAGUAACUUGAAAUCCAUAUGCCCAGCCACUGGUGGAGGAGAAGAUAACACAGCUGGAAUGGACUAUGUCACUCCCAACUACUUCGACAAUUCCUUUUAUCAUCUUCUUCUGAAAGGGGAGGGACUGCUGAACUCAGACCAGGAGCUGUACUCUAGCCUGUUUGGUAUCCAAACAAAGGGGCUUGUGAAGAAGUACGCAGAGGAUUCACUUGCUUUCUUCCAGCAGUUCUCGGAUUCCAUGGUGAAACUGGGAAACAUCACAAAUGCUGACAGCUUCAGUACUGGGGAGGUUAGGAAGAACUGCAGAUUUGUGAAUACAUGAGCUUUAGCUACCACAAACUUGUAUUUGUUUGCUAUAGCCUAUACCAAGAAGUGAAAAAAAUCACAUUUGUUGUUGUAUCAAGAAGUGAAAAUCACAUCACAGAUUUGAUAUGUAGAAGCUACUGAAAUUUAUUUCCCUUUGAUUCAUUUUA